AUGCUCGCCCUCGGCGGGACGCGCGCCGACUACAAGAACGACCGCGGCAAGGGCUACAUCAAGCUCGAGGGCGAGGCCGAGUUCCGGGCCGUCGCGGCGCCGAAGCGCAAGCCCGCGGCGCCGUCGGCGGACCCGCGGGGGCCGCGCGUCAAGAAGGUCAAGGGCGGGCCGAGCUCCGCGCCGUCCUUCAGCGCCGCGGGCGCGCCGCCGGCCGCGCCGCCGCCGCCGAAGCGCGCGGGCUUCGUCAUCUACUGGAAGGUCGACUCGAAGAUGAUGUCGUGGGACGACGCGCGGACCUUCGCGGGCAAGACCGACGAGCAGCGGCGCGCGGCCCAGGACGAGACGGAGACGGCGGCGCGGCGCUACGACGGCAUGGGCGUCGACUCGUCCACGGUCUACGCCGACCUCGACGCGGCCAACGGCGCCGCGCUCGCGCUCUGCCUCAAAAAGGUCGGCGACAUGGCGACCGAGAACGCCGUCGUCAAGCCCUGCGAGGACAUGAUCAUGCCCAGCGAGGGCACCAUCGUCAACUCCUGCACGAAGAACGACGACGGCUGCGCGACCUACCGCACGGCCGUGCACCUCACCGUCGACGCGAUCCAGACCGGCGCGGAGAACCUCUCGCGGACCUCCAUCACCGUGAAGACCAUAUACCAGAGCUCCUAG